UUUUGUAUGUCAAAAGUACAAAACACACACAUUCUCAUUCUCCCAAAACAGUCAAAACAGUAAACACACGUGAAUCUUCUGCAAUGUCUGCGAAAAUCUUCAAAACACCAGGCUGGGACGAUGAUGUCGACGUUCCAGAGAGAACAUUCAACUUUAAAAAAAAGGCCAACAAAAAGAAUAAGAAGAAGCCCAAGUCAAUUGACAACGAUGGAGCAAUUGAAUCACACCCACCCGGACGAUAUGUAUUGCUGCAUCGAGACUCAGAGCCGGACCGAGUUCAACCAACGAAAAGAAAGUUCACAGAAUCGACAAUUGAUGUCGGUGACAAGGUUGAGUCGCCGAACAAGAAAAAGAAAUUGAAAAAUCAGAACGACAACAACGAGCCGGUGUCGGCGAAGAAUAAGAAAUUGAAAAAUCAAAAUGACAAAAAGGAACUGCCGACUUCUGCGAAGAAUAAGAAUGUGAAAAGUCAAAAUGACAAACAGGAACCGACGUCGGCGAAGAAGAAGAAAUUGAAAAAUGUGCCGUUCACGAAGAAACUUCCUCAAACUGACCAACAAGACGAAGACGACUCCGAGCAACUGGACGGUAACAAUUCGUUUCGUCAGACAUUGAUUGAUAACCUGAAGGGAUCGAGAUUCCGAUAUCUCAACGAACUUCUCUACAGCAAACCGAGUGGCGAAGCGACCGCAGUCUUUGAAGAUGAUCCUACAUCGUUCCAAGCAUACCACGAAGGUUAUCGACAACAAGUCCAACAGUGGCCAUUAAAUCCACUCGAUCGCAUGAUCAACGCACUGAAGAGACUACCGCGAAAUUUGGUGGUUGCUGAUUUUGGUUGUGGUGAAGCGAGACUGGCCCGAACGAUUCCACAAAAAACCUAUUCAUUGGAUCUGGUCGCUAAGACCGAGGACAUCAUUGCUUGUGACAUGGCAAACACCCCGCUUGAGACGGGAAGUAUCGAUGUUGUCGUUUUCUGUUUGUCAUUGAUGGGAACGAACAUCAAGGAUUUCAUUUUGGAAGCGAAUCGUGUCCUCAAGGACGGCGGCCAAUUGAAAAUUGCCGAGGUUGAGUCGCGGUUCACUGACAUUCGACAUUUCGUGGCCAACAUCAAGCAAUGCGGUUUCGAGCUGGUCCAUCAGGAUGUGUCGAACAAUUUGUUUUAUUUCUUGAAUUUUAAGAAGACAAAAAUGGUGAAGAAAACCAGCAAAACGGUUAGUUCAUUCAGCUUGAAGCCGUGUAUUUACAAGAAGAGAUAGGGCGACAAAUAAAUAAAGGAAAGGAAGAAAA